AUGCCUCCUCGCGCGCAGCAGCAGCGGCGAAGAAAGAAACCCAGAGGCCGUUGGGGAAAAGAUCCGGAUUACGAGGACGGUCGCGAGUACACCAAUGAAUCGGACGCAGAGGAGGAAGAAGAAGGAAAAGACAACGCUCAAUUCCCCACACGCACGAUGAAAGAAAAGCUCGUCUUCUUAAACGUCGAUUUGAACGACUUGGAACAGGUCGUUAAAGGCAGAUCUGGAGGCUUGCACGAGGAGUUUAAAAUCAUCAAGAAAAGGUACUACCGAGAAGCGUUAUUGAAACAUCCGGAUAAAGGCGGGAAAGAGCGAGAUUUUUUGGAACUCGAUUUCGUCUGGCAAAGCUUACGGGUGAUGUACGAAAGGAAUACGAUAAGCUCGUUCUGGGAGGAGGCGCAGAAGAAAGGAGCGGAGAAGAAGAAAGGGAGGGAGUACACGCGGACGAGGCAAGCGAAGAAACCGCAGGCGGCGACGAAGAAGAGGAAGAAGAAAGGAGGGAAGGAGGAGGAGGAGGAAGAGGAGUUUAAGGCGUACCACAAAGCGUAUCGGUCGUAUAAGUUUUACGAGGAAGCGGCGGAGUAUGACGAUCCGGAGUAUCGAGUGGAGUUGGCGCGAUCGGCGCGGUCGAGUUGCGUGGCAAAAUCCGGAGGGAUCGCGUGCGAGCACGCGCGCGAAAAUAUUGAGAAAGACGAGAUUCGGUGCGGGCAUCGUAAUCCUACGAGUGGUUCGUUCGGGAAUUGGUCGCAUCUGCGAUGUUGGCGCGUUCCUAAACGCGUGUGGCUCGGACUUCCCGACGCGCACCUCGGACCGUUGGAGAAGGAAAAGAAGACGACCAAGAAAGAGAAGAAACCACCGCAAGGAGACGAAGAAGAGAAGAAGGAGACAAAAACAACCGCGAAAAGAAGAGGACGCAGCAGUAAAACAACAGGGACAACGACCACGGCGAAAGGAAAAGGGACGCAACCGUCGAUGGAUCGACGCGUCGCUCUCGUCGAAGAAGAAGGCGACUUCACUUUGACCGAGGAACAGUUUGCGGAGUACAACGACGCGAUUUCGAAGAUGAACGAAGAUCUGUUGGAAGGCUUCAUUCAGCUCAAAGACGACGACCAACGCGCGUUCGUUUUACACUGCGCGAAUAGAAAGAAUUGGGCAGUCCCGAGAGGCGUAAAGUCUGGCGAAGGUUUCGAUUUGGCGCUCUUACCGUUUGAAGGCAAAACGAAGACAGGCGCGUGGGGGACGACGCAUAAAAGUGAAGUCGCAGUCGUACCGGGCGCUUUAGAGGCGAAGAAACGAUUGGCACUGCAAACAAAACGACAAGACGAGGAAAUGGAAGAACAUCCCAAAGGCUAUCCUAAGGAUGCUAGAAAAGCGCACUUUAGCGCCAAAGCAAUCGUGCCGGGCGCGAAAGAUGCAAAGAAACAAAUCGCUAUCUCGGUGGCAGCGGUGAGAAAAGAAGCCUUGCUGAGGGCGAAACAGGAAAUAGCAGAGAAGUUGAAGCAAGAGGAGGAGAACCAAGCUAAUUGGGACUUGCUCAACGCUCACUUGGAAGCUAGGAAAGGUAAGGGCGAGAAACGCAAAGCGCCUUCGCCGGCGCCCGCCGCGGUGAACAAGAAAAAGAAGCCUGUCGGCAAGAAGAAGAAACAGAACCAAAUCGUGGCCAUCUCGGAAUCAGAGCACGACGAUGACGAGAGAGACGGAGGUGGCAACAACGACUUAGCGGUGGCGCAUCGACAAACCGAACAACACUUAGUGCCUCUGAAUCAAAUGCGACCUUUGGUCACGGUUCCGGCAACCACUCGCGCGCUCGCGGGUAAGACCUUUGUGAUGACGGGCGUCUUCCCGGAACUCGGUGGUGGCGUUGGCUUAAGUGUUGGCAAAGAUAAAGCAAGAGCGCUCAUCGAAACCUUUGGCGGUGUCGUCCGCAGUGCCAUUUCCGGUCAAACGACGCACUUACUCGUCGGGACCGAACCCGGAGCGAGUAAAGUCUCCCAAGCUCGAAGCAGAAACGUGACCCUGGUCAACGUUGGAGACUUGCAGAAAUGCUUAAACUUAGGCGACGAAGCUGCGCGAGAGGAAUUAGGGCAAGACAAAGUCAUCAUCGAAGCUUUCUCGGGUGGGUUUUACGGCAAUUCCAAAGCGUACGAGAUGUCCUCGGAGAAGCUGCAAUAUUUAGCCGGAUUGAAAGACUUGGACGCGUUACCUCCCGCUCCGCCAAAGCCGAAACCACCAAAGUCGUUCGGAGCACGACUUUUAAGCUGGAAACGCAAAUGA